AGCGGGGAGCGCGGCGCGGGUCCCGGGCCCGCCGGCCUCGGCGCGGGCGGCAGGAUGCUGCUGUUCGUGGAGCAGGUAACAUCGAAAGGUGCUGGCCUAAACCCUAAUGCAAAAGUAUGGCAAGAAGUACCCCAAGAGAGCGGUGAGGUUGUGCCAGCAACAAAUGGCGCUGAGCACUCGUGGCAAGAAACGGCGGCUGCACAAGGGACUCAUACCGAGGGUAACAUAGAGAUUUCAGAAGAUAGCUGCAAGCAGUAUGAAGUGAUGUAUUCUCCAUCUUGUGAAGCUACAAGAAAUGGUACAGUAGUUGAUGAGGCAUCUGCAAAUGGAAUGGUCCUAGCAACUGAAGAUCUUGGAUACCAAAUCUAUGAAGUUUCUGGUGAAGGCAGCUCUGCUGUGUCCACAGAAGACAUUAGAGAAUGUUUGAAAAAACAACUUGAAUUCUGCUUCUCACGUGAAAAUCUCUCAAAGGACCUAUAUUUGAUGUCUCAAAUGGAUAGCGAUCAGUUUGUUCCGAUAUGGACAAUUGCCAACAUGGAAGGUAUUAAGAAGCUGACAACUGAUAUGGAUCUUAUUCUUGAAGUUUUGAGAUCUUCUCCUAUGGUACAAGUGGAUGAGAGAGGGGAGAAAGUAAGACCAAACCACAAACGAUGUAUUAUUAUUCUUCGUGAGAUUCCUGAAACAACACCUAUAGAGGAGGUUAAGGCUCUGUUUAAAAAUGAAAACUGCCCCAAAGUGAUAAGCUGUGAGUUUGCUCACAACAACAACUGGUACGUUACAUUCCAGUCAGAUACAGAUGCGCAACAGGCAUUUAAAUACUUAAGGGAAGAAGUGAAAACCUUUCAGGGCAAGCCAGUAAUGGCAAGGAUAAAAGCCAUCAACACAUUUUUUGCUAAGAAUGGUUACCGGGUAGUAGAUUCUAGUAUCUAUACUCAGCCAGUUCAAACACAAGCACAGUUUGCCUCACCACUAUUUAUGCAGCCUGUAUAUAGUCCUCAGCAGUACUCUAUUUACAGCAUUGUGCCUCAGACAUGGUCUCCAAACCCUGCACCUUACUUCGAAACACCACUGGCCCCCUUUCCUAACGGUGGAUUUAUGAAUGGCUUUAAUACACCAGGAUCAUAUAAAACAAAUGCUGCUUCUCUGAGUAUAGGUCGCCCAUUCCAUAGAAAUCGUGUGAAGCCUCACUUCCGAUCAUCUAACGGCUCAGAACAUGCUGCGGAGGGUCCAGCUGCGGUCAGUACCAUGUCGAUGGGGGAAGGACCACUGAACAGAACCAACUCAAGGAAUUUCGUUAUGGAACGACAUAACAGUACGUUAACAGGGCAGCAAGAUCAAGGUUAUUCGCAGAAGGAUUCUCCUGCCACGCAGAUGGAGCAGAAUGGAGAUUACAGCAUUGGCAGGGGCAGGAGGAAUGUUUUCAGAGGUCGGAGGAGACGGGAAGAUGACCGCAUUUCAAGGCCUCAGCCAUCAGCAGAAACAAAGACUCAGACACCAAAGUUUGACUUGCUAGCAUCAAAUUUCCCACCUUUGCCUGGCAGCACAGCAAAAACACCAGGAGAACCUAUUCUAGAGAGCAGAAUGUCUGAUAUUGUUAAAGGAAUCUGCAAAGAAAAGGAAAGCAAAGAUUUGCUGUCCAGCUGUCCAACUUCUGCUCAGGAAGAACAGAUGCACAGCACUGUCCAGCAGCCUGUCACAAGCGUGAGUUCACCAAGUCGGACUGAAGCUGUGGUGUUAAGCACUGUUCAGCCAGAUAGCAAGCCAGAAGAAGUGUCUGCUCAGAAGGAUGUUACAAGCCACACUUCCCCACCAGCGUCUGUCUGUCCUGUCAGUGCUGCAAAGCUGCCAAGGACAAAUACCACUUCAUCUUCUACUAAUGCAAGCGCAGCACCUGCUGGGUUGAUGCAGGAGCCACGUAAGCUAAGCUAUGCUGAAGUUUGCCAGAAGCCCCCAAAGGAGCCUCCUCCAGUUCCUGUUCAGCCUCUUAGAGAACUUCGCACCAACAUAGUUCCCCCUGCCAAAAAUGAAGAAAAUGGUACACCUGAGAAGGCUUCAGAGAAGACUUCAGAAAAGGCUCAUGACAAGGUUGAAGGUCGAAUGAAGGAUUAUUCUGGGUUUCGAGGCAACGGGCCUCCCAGGGGAGCUGCUGGGAAAAUCAGGGAACAGAGACGCCAAUUUGGACGCAGAUCAUCGCCUCAGGGAGCACCUCGACGCGUCGGCAAGGAGCAGUAUGUGCCACCUCGGUCACCAAAGUAAUGCUUGUUGAGCCAAUUAUUCUCUAUUUAAUUUGAGCUGUGGACUAAUGAGCAGCAAAAGAGACUGUGAGAAAGAAGUUUUCAUGAAGGGGAAUAUUGAACUGGAGUGUUGCUUGUAGGGAGAAGUUGUGGAGGGUCCCAAAAUUCAUCUCUAAAAGUGAUUUCACAAAUGCUGGAGGAUUCCAAUCAAUAUAAAUAUAGAGAUUAUAAUUCUUGUA